UGACCGUGACCUGACCUUUUUGGUUAAUAUGUUUUUGAAAAUUUUAUAAUUUUUGCAUUUAUUAAAGAGAAAGCGACAUUCCAAGUAGCAUGUCUUUUGUGAAACAAUAAUAAAUUAUCAGUUUCAACAAUAAAACAUUACAUGGAUGAGUAAACUCAUUCAGUGAAGUGUUGCAAUUUAAAAUUUGGUAUUCAGAAAUUAGAUAAAAACUUGACCCUCGAUUUUAUCACAUUUCUGGUCAAACUAAUUUUAAACAUACAUCGUAAACCGACGUAAUGAGGUGAAAACGUAUUGUUCACUAUCACAGACCGUAUCCGGCGAUUAAUAUGAUGUAAUAAAUUGUGUUCAAGUAUUUUCAUUUGUAUUGCUAUUAACAUUUUAUUGGUAUCAAUAAUACCAGUUUAAGUAAUUAGUACGAUGCAUAAGCCGGUUAGAAACGCGUGGAAGUUCUGCAGGAGACACCUUUCUGUGGGGACCCAGCCUAAACCAGUACUGUCUACAAAAGAAACAUUAACAGAUUUAUUUGGAAGAUACCACAAUUAUUUGAGGAUAUCUUUAACUGAAAGGUGCAAUCUAAGAUGUCAGUAUUGUAUGCCAGAAGAGGGGGUUAAGUUAACUGAAAAACCACACCUUUUAACAACAGACGAAGUUAUUAAAAUUGCAAGGUUAUUUGUAAAAGAAGGUGUUGACAAAAUAAGGCUAACUGGAGGAGAACCAACUGUCAGAAAAGAUUUACCAGAUAUUAUUUAUAAUUUAAAACAAAUUGAGGGACUCAAAACAGUGGCAAUGACAACAAAUGGCCUAGUAUUAACCAAACAACUUGUUGCUUUGCAAAAAGCAGGUCUGGACAUUGUAAAUGUUAGUUUGGACACACUUGUUGCUGAGAAGUAUGAAAAAAUUACAAGAAGAAAAGGCUGGAAUAGGGUAAUGAUGGGUAUAGAUUUGGCCUUGCAACUUGGAUAUAAUCCUGUGAAAGUUAACUGUGUUGUUAUGAAAGAUUUCAAUGAAAAUGAAAUUGUUGAUUUUGUGAGACUGACAAAGGACAGAAGUGUUGAUGUACGGUUCAUAGAGUAUAUGCCAUUCACUGGAAAUAAAUGGGAAGUUAACAAACUCAUUCCAUAUAAAAGUAUGCUAGGAAUGAUACAAGCAGAAUGGCCAGACUUUCAACCUUUGAAAAAUGCUCCAAAUGAUACUUCAAAGGCUUGGAAGGUACCAGGUUACAAAGGACAGGUUGGCUUCAUUACAUCAAUGAGUGAGCACUUUUGUGGUACGUGCAAUAGAGUAAGGAUCACAGCUGAUGGAAAUUUGAAAGUUUGCUUGUUUGGUAACACUGAGAUAUCCCUCAGAGACGCUAUCAGGAGCAAAUGCUCAGAUGAUGAUCUAACAGCUCUGAUCAGUGCAGCGGUCAAGAGAAAGAAAAAACAGCAUGCAGGCAUGCUGAAUAUUUCUCAAAUGGCUAAUCGACCAAUGAUACUUAUAGGGGGCUAAAUAUAUCAAAAUAUUUUGCUUAAAAGAGACGAGGAAAACACCGUUUAUGCCAAAUCUUACCUAUCACAACUCAAUUCUGAGCCAUCUAUACUCGCAGAAACCAUUCCAAUAUACACAAAGAAUGUACUGCACAAAACUGACGCAUACUGAUGACCAAGGCAAAGUCGCUAUGGUAGAUACGGGCGAGAAACCUGAAACUACCCGAAUAGCUGUCGCCACCGCUACCGUGCAACUUAAUUCUGAAAUAACGCUUCUCAUUCGCGAGAACCUCAUCAAAAAAGGUGAUGUUCUGACAAUAGCAGAGAUAGCAGGGAUCAUGAGCGCAAAAAACACAUCAAGCAUUGUACCUUUAUGCCACAACAUACCACUGUCGCAUGUCCAGGUCAAAGCGAAACUCAAGGAAGAGACCUGCGAGGUGCACAUAACUUCAAGUGUAAGAUGUGACGGCAAGACCGGUGUUGAAAUGGAAGCACUAGUCGCUGCUAGUACUGCAGCGUUGACAGUUUAUGAUAUGUGUAAGGCUGUGAGCAAGGGGAUUGUAAUAAAAGAGGUAAAGCUGUUGAGCAAGAGCGGGGGGAAGAGUGGGGAUUACCAUGCGCCUGAAGAGAUUCAUGUCAGAGAUUUUAACAGGAAGCCUACGAGGAAUCAGUGGCUGCCUUUUGUGGGGCCGGUAUGAGAAAUCUAAAACUACAAAGUCACAGGUUAUACUCUAAAAAAUGUUCGGUAUAUGAUUUUGUGUGUUUGCGAUGACAACGCCGCCUAGUGCACGUAAUUGUUCGGGACUCGGGACCUGUCAAUUCUUAGCAACUAGACGUUUUAUUAAAAAUUUUAAGCAUGGUUUUGUGGAGAUUAAAUUUAGUCAAAAUGAAACCACUAAAAAAGGUUGUGGUUCAUAUUAAAAAUGGAACUUGAACAAUAAAAUAAAUGUGUACGGGAUUUGGAUCCAUAAAACAUUAUUUAAAUUUCCAACCUGAAACUAUACAAAAAGGAAAUAAAUUAUACCUAACACAGUAUGUGAGAGUCGUUGAAGUGCUUAGGAUGAUCGGAAAAAAUGACCUAAUAAGAUAAUUGAAAUUGUGUUUUUGAGUUGACUUCACGUCAGUCUAUUUUGAUUAUUUCAAUCUCGCACACAGUAUUUAAAAAAAGAGACGGUGGAUAUUCUUCAAUUUUUUAAACCUCCUAGAACAAUGGAGGGUCAAUAACUGCUAUCAAUGCUUUAUGAGGGAAAAGAGCACUAAUGCAGCCGUUGCCCCCCCCCUCACUUACCGCUGUUCAAUUUUCAAUCACCGCUCUCAGAAACUGAUGCAGAAAGUUGUGCCACGAUGACGCCUUGAAUCUGUGAACAUUUCAUAUACUUCUAUAAAAACGCAAGUCCCACAUCAAGUUAUCCGUCUAUAAUUACUUUUCUGUGAAUUUUAAGGCAAGAUAUACUCAGUGACAUUAGAAGUGUUACGACUAGAGGGAGGGAGGGAGCUCGGCCUCUCUUCCCCUACCAAUAUAACAACAUAGCGCUGUCUAUUCUGGCAACUGCACUUCCUCCCGGUAGGCCGGGUAUUGCGCUGCGUGGAUACAGGCUACUGCACUUUCCCCGAGUGUGUGAUGACGAGCUACGUCCUCCUUAAAUUUUACCCCAUUUUUACGACAGUGUGCACGCGUCGCAAAGGGCGUGCUGGACGUGUCUUCCUAGGCCGUUUUCUCGAGUGUUAUGGACGGACUCUUUGUUGGGGAUGAUGACGCAACAGAUAGGUGAUAGGUGCCCAACUUUAAGAGCGCAUAGGCCCUUAUAGCUGGUCGCUCGACGAAACUGUUGAUUAGUCGGCGUCAUUAUAUGAAUAUAUUCGUAUCUAAUAUCGUUGCCAUUCUCAGUUCGACCAAAGUCUGCUGCUUUAGUCGAAUCGCAAGUUAAAAUAAACAUAUCCAGACGUGAAAGAUGCGAGACUUGUAUCAACUUAAAACCGUAUUUUUAUAUGAUUACUAGAAACAGAAUUAGGUAACUCUCUUGCUCUAUUUUAUUGUCUCACAUCGUGUCAGUUAGGUUUUUUUUAUCAUCUGUAACUUUUAUACAUAUGAUUAUCAUCUGAAAUAAUCCAUGUCAGUGCAGUAAUAUAUUUGGUUGUAACAAUGGUACAUAUAUAUAUAUAUAUACAGUAUGUUAACACGAGAACUACACAGCUGGAGUAUCAUAUAGAGUAUAAAAAUGCCAACAGUGGCUUGGUGCUAUCUUCCCAUAUGGUGCGGUGUGUGAUUUGGUAAAGUGAUUGAUCAUAAAGUCAUGAAAUAUCUUAAGGUGAUUUCAAUUUGUGAUAGAAAUGUUGCAGCUAUUAUUUGCAUUCAUAUUGAAUUCUAAAGUAAAAAGAGUAUUUUAUAGAUAAUAAUCUUUUUUUGGGGGAUGAGUUGUAUUUUAGUGUUAUUUUGUUAGUUGUUAUCUGUAUAUUAGAUAUCAGUACGUCAUCAUAUAUUUUUAUAUGCAUAUAUGUAAUAUCCG